UCGACGGCAGAGCUGAACAAAUAUUUUCGGGAUCCCGGCCACUUCUGGUGUGUUAAAAGGCGCGCGAAGCCUUCCACGGGUUACCCGACCUCUCCCGAGUGAAACGAUCGACAGAGCGGGAAGCCCUGCAACAAGUGCGAUACAAAGCGACGGACGCACUUCCAUAGAUGAGAAAAAAAGGCUUUCGAAAGGGCUCCGAGUCAAUAGCGAGUGACGCCAUGAUCACGGACCCGCGCAAUUUGGAGCCAAAAGAUGCCACGUGGGUGUUGACGUCAUCGUUUGUCAUCUUUACCAUGCAAACGGGUUUCGGUCUCCUAGAGUCUGGCCUCGUGUCCAACAAGAACAAGGUUAACAUCCUGAUGAAGAAUGCCGUAGACAUCAUUCUGGGAGGCCUCACCUACUGGGCCAUCGGGUAUGGACUGCAAAAUGGCCGUGGCUCUGGCACCAACCCAUUCUGCGGAGUGGGCUCCUUCUUCCUCGAUGCGAACUCCGAAGCUAUGGGCGAAGAAUUCGCCAUGUUCAUAUUCCAGCUGUCUUUCUCGACAACCGCCAUUACAAUAGUGUCGGGUGCCAUGGCGGAAAGGACCAACUUCAACGCUCACUGUAUCCUGUCUGCUUUGAGCACGUUGACGUACUCCAUUUCUGCGGGGUGGGUGUGGAGUGCUCACGGGUUUCUGUACAAGUUUGGGGCCAUCGACUUUGCUGGAGCUGCUUGUGUCCACCUGCUUGGAGGCGUUUCUGCUUUGGUGUCUGCGGUGACGCUAGGACCGAGGCUCGACUGGGAUCGGCAUCGAAAGCCUCGGAUGGGAAAUCCAACCAACGCAAUGAUAGGAACAUUCACACUGUGGUGGGGAUUGCUCGUGUUCAACAGCGGUAGUACUUUCGGGAUAAGCAAGGGAAAGUGGCACUUCGCUGCAAGGUCCGCUGUCUGUACAAUCAACUCCUCUAUUGGAGGUGGCUUGGUUGGAACGGUUAUAACUUACUUGGUGCAUCGAAAAUUCGACAUUGAAGAGAUGAUAGUGUCUAUUCUAGGAGCUCUUGUUUCAAUAACAGCUGGCUCGGCAUAUUUCCGAUCGUGGGAAGCCCUCCUGAUCGGAGCCAUAGGUGGCUUGUGCACCUGCAGAAUGCCAUCGCUGCUGCGACGCUACGCUGGAAUCGACGAUCCAGUCAACGCCAUCGCAGUUCACGGCAUAGGAGGACUGUGGGGCAUGUUGGCUACAGGACUCUUCAUGGACAUCAGCAGACACACGGAUAAGGGACUACGACACCGUCGCCAAGGACUCUUCAAGGGUGGCGGGGCGAGUCUUCUUGGAAUUCAGCUUCUCACAUGCACCUGCAUCGCCACCUGGAGCGCUUUGGUCACAUUUCUGUUCCUCAAGGUUAUCAACAUACUCAUCCCUCUACGAAUGACUCCAGAAGACGAAGCCCUGGGCGCCGACUGGGUCGAACAUAAAAUACAGCCCGACAACGGCUGUCACUCGCAAUGCCCCAAUCACCAAGGGUUCGUGCUGAAAGAUGGCAUGUACUACAUCGCAUCCGGAGACAUCCAGCGACAUCGAAAGCUCUCUCGCAGUGCUGAAGCAGAGGCAGAUCAACAAAGAAGAGAACAGAAUCACCCCAAGCCGGAGAGUGGAGUGGAUGACACCACAGAGAGAGACGAUCGAGGCAAUCACGCAGACACUCCAUUUAACCCAACCUAG